AUGCAGAGUCUUCGAUCCGUUAUGACGCAGGCAACGUGCGGAGGGAGAUGGGUUGCGUCUCGCCGUAAUUUCUCUUCCUCAUCCGUUACCAAAGAGACGAAUGGAGCAGUUCGCGGGAAUAGAGAAAUGGAGAUUCGUAAAAAGUGGAAUUUAUAUCGUGCAGUUUACCGAGUGUCUUGGGGAUUUGUAGUAAGUUACAUUCUCCUUGGUAAGGAGGUAGAGGAAAGGAUCGAGAGGAUUAAGAAGCGCACAGAAGAGUAUAAGAGGGAGGUGGAAACUCUUCAGGGUUCAUCGACAGCAGCAGAUAUGUAA